ACCUACAAAUUAAACUUAAUUUCUGGGAAUUUAUAAUUGUAGUGUGUCCAUAUAUGGCGUCGGCGGUGGAAGGCGAGAAGAUGCCGCCGGGAAAGGCGAUGACGAUGGGGCAACACAUGGUGGACAAAGGCGCUCAGAUGCUGCAAUCUUUGAGCCCCAUUAAAGAGAUGAGCCAGCACGCGUGCACAUUCGCCAUCUACAGCCAUGACAUGAGCCGUCAAAUCGAGACUCACCACUUCAUCACCCGCAUAAACCAGGAUUUCCUGCAGUGCGCCGUCUACGACUCCGAUGAAUCCCACGGCCGCCUUAUCGGGGUGGAGUAUAUAAUUUCUGACAAAUUAUAUGAAGGCUUGCCUGAAGAUGAACAAAAGCUGUGGCAUUCUCAUGCUUAUGAGAUCAAAUCAGGAUUGUGGGUGAACCCUAGAAUCCCAGAGAUAUUGGGUAGAUCUGAGCUUGAAAAUCUUGCCAAGACCUAUGGCAAAUUCUGGUGUACAUGGCAAACCGACAGAGGUGAUAAGCUUCCCAUAGGGCUGCCAUCACUAAUGAUGUCUCCUCAGGCAGUAAAUCCGGGGAUAGUGAAACCGGAGCUAGUUCAGAAGAGGGAUAACAAAUACAACAUAUCAACCAACAGCCUAAAGGAAUCCCGAGUGGAGAUAGCAGAGCCGGAGUGGAUUAAUCCUCAGGCGGAUUACUGGAAACAGCAUGCCAAGGGUUUCAUCGUCGACGUAGAACAGACUGAGAUGAAGAAGAGGGAGGGCAUUGAGUUUCCAUGAUCGAUACAUAAUCCACCUUUGCUAAUAAUAAGCCUUAUAUAUAUAUACAUAUAUGAUGGAGAGCAUAGUUAAUAAUCAUAUAUAGAUUUG